GCCCUGUCCUCCAUAGACAUGGAGCAGAAGGACUAUUACUCCAGGACGGCUUUACAUGUGGCAGCAGUAGAAGGACAUGCAGAGGUGGUGCGCUUCCUCUUGGAGGUGUGCAAGGUGAACCCUGUUCCCAGGGAUAGGUGGGAUAACACCCCAAUGAAAGAGGCCUUGCAUUUUGGCCAUCACGACGUGGUCACCAUCCUCCAGGACUAUCAAAACAAGUAUAACCCACAAGAGGCUCCCAAGAAGGACAAGGAUACAGCAGAGAACGAUCUGGGCGGCCUGCUGUAGUGUAGACAUCCAAGCCAGUAGA